CUCUUGCAGUGGCGUAGCCAGAGAAAUAUUUCGGGAGGUGUUCUACGGUGGCUUUACAUGAGGAGAGGAUUUCACCUUGAUUACCCUCUCUCAAGUGCACGACCAAUGACAGAACGGACGUACUGUGCGGACAGAACAUGUAUCCUGCACAUGAAUGAAUGACAUGGCAGCCCACAUGGACUCGGGUCGUUGGCCUGACAGGCGUCAUAAGAAAAUGAAAAAGAUCUCAGGUUGUAUCCACCGGGUUGUCAUUCGGCUCGGCUUGUCUUUCGAGAAUGGGGUUUACAGCGGCUACAGGAUUCAUCGUCUGCUCCGUAAGCAUCCUUUCUGCUUUGACACAACCGACGAAGCUGCUGAGAAACCGCGAAGGCUACGAGGUCCACGUCGAGAACGACAUCGAAAGGCAACGUCACGGCUGGCCCAGUGUGUUCGGCGAUAAGGAGACCAAUUUACGCGUGCGCUCUGCAGCAGCCUUACAAAUGGAACGUGUUGCAGAUAACGAACCUGUGAGCGUCGUCAACGGAAAUAACGAUACGGGGAAGAAGACAGCUGAUUGGUCCAUCAAGGCGGCAAAGCAGAUUCUGCAUCAAUAA